GUGAAUCAUCACCCUGUUCUUUCAGUUUUGGCUUUGCUUAGCCCUCUGGUCCCUGUUGAGGUACUGAAAAGCUUGGAACUAGUUGCAUGUGAGUUUAAUAACCUGCUGGCCUGGUCCCUCAAACCGUGAGAAAUCACAUCCUUGUCUUUCACAGCUUCCAAUCAAACUGAAGGAGACGACUGCUACACGGUCACUACUACUUCAGCUACUAUAGCUUGCCAUUACUGAACUACUUUAGCCAAUAGCCAUGAAAGGCCUCUGCAUUGAGCUUCUUCACAACUCCAGAUUAGUGGGUAUUGGAAGCACCGAAGCUUUCUCUUACCGGUUUCAGAAAAAGAACCAUCAGGCCUCCUUCUCCUUCCCAAAAGUUAUAGUCUCUUCGGCCUCCUUCUCUCAAAGAUGUUUGGCAACUGUAUCGCCUGUGGUAGUCGAGGUGGAAGAAAAGAAAACUUUCGAUUCAGAGUCAGCUGGUUUGUUAGUUAAGGAGCUCCGAAAGAGUUUCAAUUCGGGAAGGACAAAGAGCUACGAGUGGAGAAUGUUACAGUUGAGCAAUAUUGCAAGGAUGCUUGAUGAGAAAGAGAAAGACAUUGUUGAAGCUCUUUACAAGGACCUCUCAAAGCCCGAGCUUGAAACAUUUAUAUCCGAGAUUUCUACAGCAAAAUCCUCGUGUAAGGAGGCAUUGGAGGGAUUGAAACAGUGGAUGAUCCCACAAAAGGUCAAAACUUCAAUUGCAACAUUUCCAUCAUCAGCAGAAAUCGUGUCAGAACCUCUAGGGGUUGUGUUGGUCAUCUCAACAUGGAACUUUCCCUUCUUGUUAUCAAUUGAUCCAGUUAUUGGAGCUAUUUCAGCCGGAAAUGCGGUUGUCCUAAAACCUUCCGAAAUAGCUCCAGCUACAUCUUCACUCCUUGCGCAACUAGUAGAGGAGUAUUUAGACAGUUCUGCUGUAAAAGUUGUAGAAGGGGCUGUCCCAGAAACGACUGCACUAUUAGAGCAGAAAUGGGAUAAGAUACUGUAUACAGGUAGUGCAAGAGUAGGGCGCAUUGUGAUGGCUGCUGCUGCAAAACACCUUACACCUGUGAUUCUAGAACUGGGUGGAAAAUCCCCAGCUAUAGUUGACUCAGAUUUAGACUUACAGGUUGCUGUUCGGAGGAUAAUAGCAGGGAAGUGGGCAUUGAACAAUGGACAAGCUUGCAUUGGCGUAGAUUACAUUAUCACGACAAAAGACUUUGCUCCAAAGUUGAUAGAAGCUCUAAAAGAUGGACUGGAGCAAUUUUUUGGGAAAGAUCCCAUGAACUCAAAAGAUAUAUCUCGCAUCGUCAGCUCGACCCAGUUUGCACGUUUGGUAAAGCUCUUGGAAGAGGACAGAGUCUCUGAUAAAAUUGUCCUUGGAGGUCAAACAGAUGAGAAGCAAUUAAAAAUAGCUCCAACUAUCUUGUUGGAUAUUCCAGAAGACACUCAGAUAAUGAAUGAGGAGAUAUUUGGGCCACUAAUGCCUAUUGUCACUGUGAGUACUCAGAUAUAUAAGGUUGAUAAGAUUGAAGGCAGUUUUGAUGUGAUAAAAUCAAGGCCAAAACCUCUUGCUGUGUACGUUUUCACGAACAAUGAGCAGCUGAAGAAGAGCUUUGUUGAAAAUAUAUCGUCAGGAGGGAUGCUCAUCAACGAUACAGUGUUACAUGUUGCCGUUGCCGGUUUACCUUUUGGAGGUGUCGGGGAGAGUGGUAUGGGAUCAUACCAUGGUAAAUUCUCCUUUGAUGGUUUUAGCCACAAGAAGUCAGUUAUGUAUAGAAGUCUCAGUGGAGAUUCUACUCUGAGAUAUCCACCAUACACACCUGAAAAGGAAAAACUAUUCAAGGCUGCCCUGAGUGGUAACAUAUUUAGAAUAAUCUUGGCUUUGAUCGGAUGGUGAUCUAUGUAACGGAAACACAGAUGUACUUAGG